AUGGCUAGUUUAGAGGAUCUGAUCCCAACGGUCAACAAACUGCAGGAUGUUAUGUACGAUGCAGGCAUUGACACUUUCGAUCUGCCUAUUUUGGCAGUUGUAGGCUCUCAGUCUUCAGGCAAGUCAUCAAUUCUGGAGACUCUGGUUGGAAAGGAUUUCUUACCGAGAGGUACGGGUAUUGUUACGAGAAGGCCUCUAGUUUUACAAUUGAAUAACAUUGCAACUGAUUCGCCUAUAAUCAAAGAGCACCCUUCGCUGCAAAGUGCAACACCAGCGGAAAGUGAGCAAUCUAACGGGAUUGGUGGUAAACAUGAGCUAGAAGAUCGUGAAAUAACUCUGGAGGACCAUCUAAGAAAGAACACUGAAAAUUAUCAAGCUCCAAAUACUGAGGAGUGGGGUGAGUUCCUCCACUUGCCGGGACGUCGGUUCUACGAUUUCAAGGAGAUUCGAAAGGAGAUUGAGAAAGAGACAGCAAGAAUAGCGGGAAAAAACAAGGGCAUCAGUAAAGUUCCGAUCAAUCUGAAAGUCUACUCUCCACGGGUGCUCAAUCUUACUUUGGUUGAUUUGCCAGGCAUAACAAAAGUUCCAAUCGGCGAACAGCCACCAGACAUUGAAAAGCAGAUCAAGAAUUUAAUCCUGGAAUACGUUGCCACGCCUAGCUGCAUUAUUUUAGCUGUUUCUCCAGCCAACGUAGAUUUGGUGAACUCAGAAUCAUUAAAGCUUGCCAGAGAAGUCGAUCCUUUAGGGAAAAGAACAAUUGGUGUCAUCACCAAGCUGGAUUUGAUGGAUUCUGGGACAAAUGCUCUCGAUAUAUUAUCAGGCAAGCUCUAUCCUCUAAAACUUGGAUUCGUGGGUGUGGUUAACCGCUCACAACAGGAUAUUCAAUUAAACAAAACCGUUGAAGAGGCACUGGAUAACGAGGAGGAAUAUUUUAAUCGACACCCUGUUUACCGGACUAUCUCCAACAGAUGUGGCACCCGUUAUUUAGCCAAAUUGUUGAACAGGACGUUGAUGAGUCACAUAAGGGAUAAGCUACCAGAUAUCAAAGCCAGGCUAAAUACCUUGAUCGGUCAAACAGAGCAAGAGCUGACGUCUUUCGGAGAUACAGGUCCGAUUAAGAAUGAAAACCGCGCUGGUUUGGUUUUGCAACUUAUGAACAAGUUUGCAACGAACUUCAUUUCGUCCAUAGAUGGUACAUCAUCGAACAUUAGCACGAAAGAACUAUGUGGUGGGGCGAGAAUUUAUUACAUUUACAACAACAUUUUUGGUAACUCAUUGAGAGCUAUAAGCCCAACUGCAAAUUUGAGUAUAUUGGAUAUAAGAACCGCGAUAAGGAACUCUACAGGCCCCAGGCCCUCCUUAUUUGUCCCGGAACUCGCUUUCGAUUUACUCGUAAAACCCCAGAUCAAACUUCUAUUAGAACCUUCUGAACGGUGCGUGGAAUUAGUUUAUGAAGAACUUAUGAAGAUUUGUCACAACUGUGGCUCACCUGAACUGGCACGUUAUCCAAAAUUGCAGAGCAUGCUCAUUGAGGUUGUGAGUGAGUUACUCAGAGAGAGAUUGGGUCCAACCAGGUCCUAUGUGGAGAGUUUAAUUGACAUUCACAGAUCCUACAUUAACACAAAUCACCCCAACUUCCUGAGUGCUACAGAAGCCAUGUCUGAUAUAGUGGCUAGCCGGAAGAAAACCAGCAUACUGAAGGCGAAGAAGGUGCAACAAGAAACGCAUGCCGUGGAACAGCUCCCUAAGGCUGACAAAGGAACCGAUAGAGGACCGUCACUGACGGCAUCAUUAAGAGUCGAGUCGGAGUCAAGCGUUGAAAGCGGAUCUGAAGAUGAAGACUUUGAAAUCAAGAACUCGAAAGACUCUUUUCUGAAGUACUUCUUUGGUAAAGAUCAAAAAGGUCAGGAAUUUAACGCGCAUAAUGGUGAGGUGCGCCGUAGCAGUCCCCUAGAAAAUGAUAUUAGCGGCCAGACUCUUGCCGAUAUGAAGUAUCUUCAAAUCAGCAAUGAUACAGAAAUUGGUGCCAUAGACAAUGACCGCAAUAACGAGCCCGCUUUAACUGAGCGUGAAGAGCUUGAAUGCGAGCUCAUUCAGAGACUAAUCGUCUCUUAUUUCUCAAUUGUCAGGGAAAUGAUACAAGAUCAAAUUCCAAAAGCUGUCAUGUGUCUGUUAGUCAACUUUUCCAAAGAUACGGUGCAAAACAGACUAGUCACCAAGUUGUACAAAGAAUCUUUGUUUGAGGAGUUGCUGAUGGAAGAUCAAGCCUUGGCACAGGAUAGAGAGAAAUGUAUGAAAUUGCUCGACACCUACAAGAAAGCCUCCAAUAUAGUCGGCAGUAUACUGUAA